AUGGCCAGCCCAGAUGACAAGCCAUUCUUCACCCGCGGCAGCCAAGGCGAAGCAUCCGAGCCUCCCGCGACCGCCGCCAUCAUCAAAGCGCUCAAGAUGCUCCCUCACAUCGAGGGCGGCUACUUCGCCGAAACAGACAGAGACCCCCUCCUCAUCCCCUCCCCGUUCCCAAUCACCCCGGCCUCGGAAGCAACGCUAGCGCUCGCCGGGCCCCAGCGCCCGGGCUUCGACCCAAAGGUCCGCAACGCCUCAACUACCAUCUUCUACCUCCUGACCCCGGGCUCCCCGCAGGGCAACUUCCACCGCAACCGCGCGCGGACGGUGCACACGCUGCACAAGGGCCGCGGCCGGUACGUGCUCAUCGACGCCGCCGGGGAGGUCGAGACGUUCGUGGUCGGGCACGACGUCUCUCGGGGCGAGAGGCUGCAGUGGAUCGUCGAGGGCGACCACUUCAAGGCCAGCUACCUGCUCCCGGACAGGGAGGGGGCCGAUUCGAGCGCCGAGGGGCUCCUGAUCUCCGAGACGGUGGUUCCGGGCUUCGAGUACUGCGACCAUGACUUCCUCGCCCGCGACGGGCUGAGGGAGUUGCUUGGGGCGGAGAGGGCCAAGGGCUUGGAAUGGCUCGUUAGGAGGGAUAACUAG